UCAUUCCAGUGCACAUGGAAAGGCAGAGAAGCAGGAACGGUCAGCGCUUGGAAGGUGAAACGCGCUCAGGGAUUUUACGCGUAAAGCCGCUAUAAGGUGCUUUUUUUACGGGACGCGCUUUAUUAUUGGACUACAACAGAAUGCUAUCUGAGGAGGAAUGGACAUUUAAACAACUGUUCUCCGUGUAGGGAUUCCACUGUGCAACAUCUAUAAACGGACACACAUGCUCACCACUGAUGAAAAAUUAGGAUGAGUUUUAAAGCUCUUUCAGCGCCGCUUUAGAUAUAUUUUUUUUUUUGCACAUUGGAUUACAUAAACACGGCUGCAAUUGCGGUUUAUGGAAACAGCUGAGAAGAAGACAACUGAAGUUGGGGAAGAGGGUCUCUGAAGCUGGACUGAGGGUCUGAAGGAUUGUACGUCUCUUCGCGGAACUCCACUUUCAUGUCCGAAGUCUCUGGUUUAUGACAAUGGAUUAUUUGCUGUUUUUAUGCGGCUUUUUGCUGCCUCUGUCCUCGGCUGUUGAAGAAACACUGAUGGACACCAAAUGGGCCACCACUGAACUCGCAUGGACCUCACAUCCUGAAACUGGGUGGGAGGAAGUUAGCGGUUACGACGAUGCCAUGAACCCUAUCCGAACGUACCAAGUGUGCAAUGUUCGUGAGCUUAACCAGAACAACUGGCUUCGCAGCGACUUCAUCCCUCGAAAGGACGUUCUCCGUGUUUAUGUGGAGAUGAAGUUCACCGUACGAGAUUGCAACAGUAUUCCCAACAUUCCAGGAUCAUGUAAAGAGACCUUCAAUCUAUUCUACUACGAAUCCGACUCAGAUUCCGCCACAUCUACCAGUCCUUUUUGGAUGGAGAACCCUUAUGUUAAGGUGGACACCAUUGCUCCGGACGAGAGCUUCUCUAUGUUGGAGUCUGGCCGGGUCAACACCAAGAUUCGCAGCUUUGGUCCAGUUUCCAAGGCUGGCUUCUAUCUGGCUUUCCAGGACCUGGGCGCCUGCAUGUCUUUAAUCUCCGUCCGAGUUUUCUACAAGAAGUGUUCCACGACCAUUGCCAAUUUUGCCGUCUUCCCAGAAACGGCCACAGGAGCUGAGGCUACGUCACUAGUCAUUGCCCCCGGCACUUGUGUGCCGAACGCUCUGGAGGUGUCUGUCCCUCUUAAACUCUACUGCAAUGGAGAUGGAGAGUGGAUGGUUCCUGUAGGUUCCUGCACUUGCAUGGCUGGGUUUGAGCCUGCAGUUAAGGACACACAGUGUCAAGAGGCUGGGGCCCCGAAAGGGCCAAAGACUAAGAGCUGUCUGAUGCCUACACAUCAAAGCAGCCUUUUGGAUUUCUCUCAUUUUCCCUACACAGCUCCCUCUGCAGUUCCUACCGUCCACCUGAUGGGGGCCUCAGCCAACACCAUGAGUCUUUCCUGGCUCCCCCCUGAAAAACCAAAUGGCAUCAUCUUGGAUUACGAGAUUAAAUACCAUGAGAAGGACCAGGGAGAAGCUAUUGCCCACACCAUGACAGCCCAGCGUAGCUCGGCACGCAUUGAAGGUUUGAAGCCGGGCACACCGUAUGUUGUGCAGGUUCGAGCCCGGACGGUGGCAGGGUAUGGCCGGUACAGCAGCCCUACUGACUUUAGCACCAACCACCAGGCCGAUGCAGACAAGACUCUACAGGAGCAGUUACCUCUCAUUGUGGGUUCUCUGACAGCAGGGCUGGUCUUCAUCAUUGUUGUUGUGGUUAUUGCCAUUGUCUGCCUCAGGAAGCAACGCAAUGGCUCAGAAUCAGAGUACACAGAAAAACUGCAACAAUACAUCACUCCGGGGAUGAAGGUCUACAUUGACCCAUUCACCUACGAGGACCCGAAUGAGGCCAUCCGCGAGUUUGCCAAAGAGAUUGACGUUUCCUGUGUGAAAAUCGAGGAAGUCAUUGGCGCAGGAGAGUUUGGAGAGGUGUGCCGUGGCCGUCUGAAACUCCCUGGACGGCGUGAGAUCAUUGUGGCCAUUAAGACUCUGAAGGCAGGCUACACGGAGCGCCAAAGAAGAGACUUCCUGAGUGAGGCCAGCAUCAUGGGCCAGUUCGAUCAUCCUAAUAUUAUCCGCCUGGAAGGGGUGGUGACGAAGAGUCGGCCAGUCAUGAUUGUCACUGAAUUCAUGGAGAAUGGAGCGCUGGAUUCCUUUCUCCGGCUAAAUGAUGGACAGUUCACAGUCAUCCAGCUCGUUGGUAUGUUGAGAGGCAUUGCAGCUGGCAUGAAAUAUCUGUCCGACAUGAACUACGUGCACCGUGAUUUGGCUGCCCGUAACAUUCUGGUCAACAGCAACCUGGUGUGUAAGGUGUCCGAUUUUGGCCUUUCUCGUUUCUUGGAGGAUGAUCCCACCGACCCCACCUACACUAGCUCAUUGGGAGGAAAGAUCCCUAUUCGUUGGACAGCACCAGAGGCUAUUGCUUAUAGGAAGUUCACCUCAGCCAGUGACGUCUGGAGCUACGGCAUUGUGAUGUGGGAGGUGAUGUCGUAUGGCGAGCGCCCAUACUGGGACAUGAGCAACCAAGAUGUGAUCAAUGCAGUCGAGCAGGACUACCGACUGCCCCCACCUAUGGACUGCCCCACUGCCUUGCAUCAACUCAUGCUAGACUGCUGGGUGAAAGAAAGAAACUUGAGACCCAAGUUCUCCCAGAUCGUCAAUACCUUGGACAAACUUAUUCGCAAUGCCGCCAGCCUUAAGGUGGUCACCAGCACACAUUCUGGGCUUAAUGAAACACUGCACCGCAGACUCCAUGUGCUUGGGCCCGUCAUCAGGGCCUGCCAGUCUGAUUAA